UUCACCCUUUACCCAAAUCCAUAUCGUCGGAUCCCUUCCCUGGACUUUCUGAAGGAGUAAAAUACCCCAAUCCCACACGACGCAACAGAUUUGAGGCGCUUGUAGGCACAUAGCUAGCCCGUAAUCAGUAAAGCCGCACCCCCAUAUUCGUCUACCAUGCACGCAUGUAGUUAGGUAACCCUCAUCCCAUCCCUUGCUAGGGUUAGAUAGGACGUAAAUACGACAUGACUAGAAAAGGCAAAAUUAAGCUGGUGGGAUGCUGAAUCGCUGAUUAACUAGUAUAAUGUGAUUACAUACCUACCUACAUACUAGUAAUGUGCCGCCAGACUGCAAAUAGAGAACGGGGGCCUGCAAGUUACAUGAUACUUAAUAGUCUAUUGGAUGCCGGCUGCAUUUCAGAAGCCUCAAAAAGCACCGCGUUCGUUUUUCCUCGUUUCCUUCAACCUGGUCCUCGGCUCCAUCAUUGUACAUGUCGAGCGCAUGCAAAGCCUAGAAGCGAGGGGUCGUGAUGGGUCACUCCUGUCCAGGUCGCAGGCUCGCAGGGCCAAAAAGGCGAAGACGAAGAAAACCAAGGGACCUCACAUUUUGCGGUUAACCAAGUUUUCCCACUCCGCUCCUUUCAUCAUCUGCCAUAACUUCGUAAUAGGAUUAUGGCAUGGCUUGGGCAGAUCUCCCAAUCCCAGGUUUUUCUCGAGAUUUGAGACCCGCCGAGACGCUUUCGGAGAUAAUAGGGUGCGUGUGCUUAAGAGGGCAACGGCCACUCCUUGCGCGCAGCCGUUCUUCGUCCGAGCGCCCACCCGACCCGCUUGCAUGAGGGAGCCUGGGAGCUUGCUUGCUUGGGGGGGAAAGGGAAAACGCAACUCAAGAGAGAUCUGCAAAUUGCCUUACAAGCUAAUUCGGAGAGCGCGGGUCUUUGAACUCUACAAAUAUGACCUAUCGCUUUUUUUCCUUUUUCGCUCUUCUCUUUUUCCGUGCGCGUCCCUAUGCGGGCCACUCACAGUACGAGGACGCACCAAUUGUGUUCAGUUGGACCCAACGCAUGGCUUUGGACGGGUGAAAGGCGACAGCGAGCGGUAUGGCCUACGAACUUUGCAUCGUGGCCGCAGGAAGGGUCUCUCUUGCCCGGGUGCCUCUUUUCUUUCCUUGGUUUACGCGAAAGAGAGACAGACGCGAAAUACCUAUGCAGAAUGCAGAAUGCAAAUGCAAAUGCAAGCGCAUAGGGCACCGGUAACAUGGAAGCGCGUGACUGAAAUGACUAAACGAAAUAAUAUGGAUGCUAUAAGCCCGUCCGGCAGGCAAAAAAAGUUUGCAGAGCAGCUGCAGAGUUUGCUACCAUGCGUUACGUACAGAACUGCCGGUAGUCCUGAAAUCGUCGAUGCAAUAGCCUUGCCAAUCUCGCGUCAGUUUCGAAAACGGCAAUGAAGAUCGUCCCAAAGAUCUAGCUUUCGGUCGUUGCAGCAACCUACCCCCUGAACCUUUCUUCUUCCAGCGGUACUUUGGGCGGUGGCUUAUUAGCUGAAUCGUGAAUGCAUCCUACAAUAGUACAAUACUGCUAGUAACGCAUACUAAUCCUUUCGGGAUUUGAGAUACGCGAAAAGCAGACUCCGCUAGGACGUCGUCGCAUUAGCCUCAUGUUAUCAAAA